AUGCGCGCUUUUACAAGAUUGGGUGCGUCGGUGUUUGCGAUGGUUCUAUCGUUAAUGACCAUCUUGGCUUUACUACCUCAAUCGAGAUACACGGAACAUUUGAGGAAGAUUGAAAUAGGAGGGACGAGUAUUAAUGAUGUGACGGAUGGUUUGUGGGAUUGGGCAAGUGGGGAUGAUGAUGGAGGGGAGGGAGAAGAAGGAGGUGUAAGACUGGUGGUUUUUGGAGACAGUUGGGUUGAUGAUACGAUUGAAGAGAAUGGGGAUGGAAAGGGUAGAAGUUGGACGGAAGUUCUUUGUGAAGAGCUCUCGUGCACUUCAAAGAUCAGCCUAGCAGUCUCCCAACCCGCAUCUUCAUACCCAUCAUCACCACCCACUGGUGCCCUUUCAUCCAACAAAGUUUACCUGUCUUCCAUCGAAAACACCGCAGGGCAAAAUAAUACCGAAACGAAAAUCACCCUCGAAUCUAUGCUCCCCGAUCUUGAAGCUCAAGUAAAAUCCUUCAUCGCCCUUCCUCUGCCAAAAAAGAAACUCAAAGAAACAAUCUUUGUCGUCUCCUUCGGCACAUGGGAUGUAUGGCAUUACGCAUCCCUCGAUUACACCAAAGCUCAAGAGGCCCAAAACAAAGCUGUUACCGAAAUGUUCGCGCAACUCGACAAUUUGUACGCACAUCAUAGGGAAACUUUGGAAGCUACUCAUGUUAUCGUAAAACCACAUAAUGAAUCGCAUGUUGUGGCCAAACCACAAUUUAGAAUUGUCAUCCAAAAACUUUUCGAUCCGACAAUGUUGCCUGGUUGGAUAAGCCAAAGACCGAUGCCAUUGAAACCUAGUUCUGUGGCGGAACACCAAAAGAAUGCAAUUUCACUGGUCAGAGAUUGGGAUAAUAGUGUGGAAAACUUUAUCAAGCCUUGGUUUGCUAGUACACCAGAAGCCACCACUACUUCCGAAUGGGCUGAACCAGCACCAGCACCAGAAGAACAAGGAUCUGGAGAUGCGGUUCCGGAAACAUUCGACCAGAACGAUGGACAGCAAUCGCAAUCACAAGAAACGCGUGAGUCGGAAGGCGUUGUUGAGACGGAAAAUAAACCGGAUAUUCCUCCGCCACAAAAAGAUAUCUAUUACUAUGAUCUGAAUAGAUUCCUCACGGAAAUUAUUAUAGAACAUCAAUUGGAAGAUGAAGGAUUAUCUGACGCGAGUGGACUCGGUACAAAAGAAAGUCCAUACAUUUCCGUAUAUGAUCCUUGCGUACGGGCAGGAGAUGACGAGGCAAGCAAGAAAAGAGGACCUGGAGAGAAGCGAAAAUCGGGGAAAAUCAAUAAAGGAAGUGAGAAGAGAGGAGAAAUGAAAGAUACAAAGGCAUUACCGGAUAUUAAUGGGUUCCUCGUCUGUGAACAACCGGAUGAGUAUCUUUUCUGGGAUGAUUUUAAUAUGGGGGGACAGGCAAAGGAGAUGGUGGGGAAGGAAAUCGCAAAGAUGGUUCGAGAGGGGAAGACUUUGAGGAAGAGUUGGGGAGAUGGGACUGUACCGGGUGUGUGA